AUGGGCCUCGGCAAGUCCAUCGAGGUCAUGGCGCUCGCGCUGCUCCACCCGGCGCCCGAGGCCUGGGCGUCGCGCGACGCGCUCAAGGCGACGCUCGUGAUCUCGCCGCCGGCGCUCCUGGGCCAGUGGAGGGCCGAGCUCGCGAGCCGGUGCCCGGACGCGACCGUCGUCGAGUGGGACGCGGCCGAGGGGCUCCGGGCGAAGCGGCUCCGGAGCGCGGACUUCGUCCUGUGCGCCUACGGCGACGCGGCGUCCUGCGCGGGCUCCGGCGCGGCGUUCUGGCGCUGCGUCCUCGACGAGCCGCACGCGGCGCUGACCGCGCGGGCCCGGACGUGCCGCGUCGACGCGAGCCCCGCGGUCGAGGCCUGCGCGCACGUCCGCGCGCCCAACCGCUGGUGCGUCACGGGCACGCCCUUUGGCAACGGCCUCUUCGACGUCUUCGGGCAGCUGACGUUCCUGGGCCUCGUGCCG